UUGUUAGCAGUAGGUAUUAGGUACCUACUUUACUUUAUUUCUAAAAUCUUGUAAAAAUCGAACUGAUCUGUAAAAAGUUGUUAACACAUAAACAAAUAAAUAAUAGUGAUAAAUAGAAACUGUGUAUAUAUAUUAAACCGUUCUGACUGCGGCGUAUAUAUUUUUUAAUACAUACACAUAUCAAUAAGCUGACAGACGACACUUUCUCACAACCAGCUCACAGCGAAUUUUGACCAUGGCUGUUCUUAAGACUCCUGUGUUAAAAGUUAUCUUAUGUGGUGAAUAUGGUGUCGGUAAAAGUUCUAUAUUUCGCCGGUUUAUCAACAAUACAUUCCUGCCGAAUUCGGAUAGAAGGUCAACAUUAGGGCUGGAUCAUUUCGAGAAGUUAUAUCAAGUUGGGGACAAAGAAGUCAAGCUACAGCUUUGGGAUACUGGUGGUAUGGAAAGAAUAGCAUCAGUUACUUCAAGCUAUUAUAAAUAUGCUGAGGCUGCAAUUUUAGUUUUUUCAUUGGAUAAUGCCUCCUCGUUUCAUGUGCUGAGCCAACAUCUUUUAGAUAUUGUGACCUAUGCAGAAAAUGCUAAAAUAUUUUUAUGCGGGAAUAAGUCUGAUUUAGAGGGGUCAUACCCUCAAGUUACGGAUGCUGACAUUGAAAACUUUUGUGAGCAGUGCCACAACUUAAUAAGUACUACAUACAAAACAUCCUGUAAAACUGGUCAAGGUUUAGAAGAAAUGUUUUCCGACAUUGCUAAUCAGUUAGUGGAAUCAAAUAGAUCCAGGAUUGAGCUUCAAAGAUUAGAUCACAACAGCUUCAAGAUAUCCCAACCAGAACCACCAGAAGAGCCACCCUGUAGUUGUUGAUUUUUUACUUUACUAUCACUAAUUAUUUUUUAUUACUGGUAAUUUAUUACCAACUGAAAUAAUACCUACAAAUAAAUAAAUAAAUAUGAUUAAUGAAUAUUUUAGACCUAUUGCUAGCUGCUUUGCAGUGGUCACUCCACCAGUGGUGGUUUAUCAAUAAUGAGCGCUCUACAGAGAGUUCUGUAUAUCUAACUGAUUAAUCUAUAAGAACAUGUAAUAUGAAUCUAUUUAUUCUGAAGAAUAAAUUGUGAUUAGAACUUUUUUUUAGUAAAGUAAUAUGUACUAUGCAGCUGAUGCUAAAUAUUUUGGUUUGGCCUGUGCUAUGUUUCAAUAUGUGUAGUAGAUGUAGACAAUGUUGCCAAUUCUGCUGUACACAAACCUCUAAACUAAAAUAAUAUAAUAUCUAAAAGUCACUCUGUCCUUAUAAUAGGAGCACUAUUUGAAGACUUGGACAUUUAGAGAUUUGUUUAACAAAUUAGCAGCAAUAGUGUGAAAUUUCAAACUUUAGUAUUGAUAAUAUGUAAGAUAUAUUCAGUAUUGUUAUUCAGAUAUUUAGUACCAAAAAUGUAAGAUAAUGGUGCUAAAAUGGUUGUUCACUAUACUUAACUGACAGCUCUAAGUCAUUGUUUCUAUUAGAGAAUUUGAAGAAAAGGAUGGUACAAGUUUUACUCCUGUAUGUAAUAGCUUAAUAUUGGUGUACAACUGCAUUAGCACCAUUCCAUAAGUAUUAAGAACAGUUUUUUUAGCAAUAGCACAAAGUAUUAUUUGGUUUUGAAAUGAUGUACAUAUUAUUAUCAAGGUAAUUAUUUAUGAAGAGAUAUUUUCUGUCUACAUUCAUCAAUCUCAGCCCUUUAGUUCCCACUGGUAGGUACCAACCUACCUUCUCUUUUAAUGUCUAUAUUCAAUUAUUUAUUUGUCACUUGUGAAUGAUAACUAGCUGUUAACCAGGCUGAUAUCUUAACAUACACCAUGCCUGAUUGUGCUGAUAAUUUCUUGAUAUAAAACUACAAUACAUAUAAUUUUUGGUACACAGCACAAAUUCCAUAGCUUGAAUUCAUGAUUCAUAACCUUACAUACUAACUACUGUGCCAACAAGGAUUUCUAUAGUCUAUUUUCUCUUGUCUUAUUUUAUAUAAACAGUCAUUUAAUUACUUUUUAAUGUAAAGUAUGUUUUACAAUAAUAAAGACAUACAAUCAUAAAGAAAACUCAUUUACUUUAA